GAAGAGUCGGAGCCUGUGGAAGCCAGGGCUGUUUUUUGCCUUUUUUUAGCACCCCCCCUCCAUGGGGAUGGGGGUGAAUUGGGGGUGGGCAGAAGGUUUAAACCUCCCCCUUCCUGCUGCGGUGCUGGGGGUCUGGAUGGGUGCCUGCUCACCCCGAGGUGAAAAAUAACACCACACUCAGCGGUCCGUAAGGGGAAGACGGGGAAAGGGAAUGGGAAGGCCGUCAUUGGACCCAUCUGGUUUGAGCACCCAGGUCUUACAGGGGCGUGUGUUGGGGGCCCCGUCUGCACCUUUUGCUUUCUUGGCUGUAGAAGGAUCUGUGCAGGCCGUGUCUGCAAAGGGGCACCCUGGACGUGGCCCCCAGAGGCAGAGAACCUUCGCAAGGGGUCACCUGCAAGGAGUCCGUCGGGGACGCAGAGCAAGAGAGAGAGAAAAGGGACGUUGGCAUCAUCUUACCGGCCGCAGCGGUGUGGCACUCAGAGAGCCCAUGGACGUUUGGAGAUCCCGGAUGCAGAAGCUGAAGAGCAAGAAGCCGGCCCGCCGGUCCUACACCAUUUACCGCAACGCUGCCGAGGCGGACGGAGAGACAGAGAUGGAGGGGCUGCAGGUGAAGGAGGGCGAGGGUGACGGCCCCGUGGCAAGCCUGGCCCGCAGCGGCGCCGAGAGGACUGGUGAAGUGGCCCCAUGCCCGUGGACGGACCGCUGCAAGGCCGUGGUGUACCUGCUGCUCGUGGGCCUCCUGAUCUUCAUCGUAGGGUUCCUCCUGGGGUACAUCUCGUCCGGCCGCACCUCUUGCACGACCUGUGGAGACAUCCUGGUGAACGAUGACAGCCCGUACGAGGCGGAGGACAGCCAGGGAGGCGCCACCAUGUACUGGGCUGAGCUGCGGGAGAUGUUUCAGAAGUACCUCGACGAGGAGACGAUUGAAAGGACCAUCCGAAAGAUGAGCGAGGGGCCCCACCCGCCCGGCUCGCCUCGCCUCGACACGCUCUCCAGGCACAUCCUCAGCUCCUUCACCUCUUACGGCCUGGACCACAGCUGGACAGACAGCCACUACGUGGGGCUGCAGCGCCCCAACCGGAUACAGCCCAAUUUCCUGCACCGCGUGGAUGCCAAUGGCGUUGUGCUGGAGAAGCUGCCCCUGGAAGACCCGGAGGUCUAUUGCCCCUACAGCGCCUCCACCACGGCCACGGGUGGCCUGGUUUUUGCCAACUACGGGCGCCGAGAGGACUUUGCAGCCUUGCAGCAGCGUGGUGUCAGCCCACAGGGUCACCUGGUCAUUGUUCGUGUUGGGGAGAUCAGCUACGCUGAGAAGGUUGCCAACGCAGAGGCUGCCCAGGCCAAAGGCGUCCUCAUCUACCCAGACCCCUUUGAUGUCCCGCAAGAUCCCCGUAAACUCGGUCUAUCCCCAAACACAAGCAUUUAUGGACAUGUUCACAUGGGUGCUGGAGACCCCUACAGCCCUGGCUUCCCUUCCUUCAACCACACCCAGUUCCCCCCGAUACAGUCCUCGGGACUCCCCACCAUCCCUGCUCACCCCAUUAGUGCUGCGGUGGCCACCCGCCUGCUCAGGCGCCUGACGGGCCCCACCGCCCCCCAAGCCUGGAAGGGGCGCCUCCUUGGCGUGCUGUACCAGCUCGGUCCGGGGGAGCCUGGCUUCCGGCUGCAGCUGGGAGUUCAGAAUGUGAAGCGGUCAGUGAUGAUCAGCAACAUCUUUGGGUGCAUCGAAGGGAGAUUUGAGCCAGAUCAUUAUCUCAUUGUGGGGGCUCAGCGGGAUUCUCUGGGACCGGGUGCCGCCCGUUCUGGGGUGGGCACGGCCAUUCUGCUGGAGCUGGCCCGUACCUUUGCAGCCAUGGUGCAAAAUGGGUUCCAGCUACGAAGGAGUUUGCUCUUUGUGAGUUGGGACGCCGGGGAUUUUGGCAGCGUGGGAUCCACUGAAUGGCUGGAGGGGUAUCUGACUAUGUUGCACCUCAAGGCAGCUGCGUACAUCAGCCUGGACAACGCAGUUCUGGGAGAUGACAAAUUCUUGGCCAAGACCAGCCCAGCUCUGGUCAGCCUCAUUGAAAGCGUCAUCAGGCAGGUGGACAGCCCCAACCGCAGCGGCCAGAGCAUCUUCGACCAGGUGACGGAGCAAGGCCAGCGCUGGGAGAGCGAGGUCAUCCAUCCGCUUCCCAUGGACAGCAGCGCCUUUGCGUUCACCUCGUUUGGAGGGGUCCCUGCUGUGGAAUUCUCCUUCGCAGAGGACUCUCGCCUGUACCCGUUCCUCAACACGAUGGCGGACACGUACGACAACCUCAACCGCGCGCUCUACGGGCGUCUCCCUGCCGUGGCCAAGACCGUGGCUGAGGUCGUGGGCCACCUGCUGAUCAAGCUGACCCACGACCACCUCCUGCCCCUCGACUACUGGUGCUACGGGGAUGUGCUCUUGCAACACAUCACGCGCUUCAACGCAUACACCACCCAGCUGAAGAGCCGUGGGCUGACCCUGCAAUGGAUGUACUCAGCCAGGGGGGAUUACACUCGGGCGGCCGAGAAGCUGCGGAAGGACAUCUACAGCUCCGAAGAACACAAUGAGAGGCUGUUGCGCAUGUACAACGUCCGCAUCAUGCGGGUGGAGUUCUACUUCCUGUCUCAGUACGUGGCGGUCACAGAGACUCCGUUCCGACACAUCUUGCACGGCCGGGGUCCCCACACCCUGGGGGCUCUGCUAGAACACGUCAGCCUCUUGCGGGACGCCCCAGAGAGGUUUGACGAAGCCCUCUUCCGCCGCCAGCUGGCCCUCGUCACCUGGACGCUGCAAGGGGCGGCAAACGCCCUGAGCGGGGACGUCUGGAAUAUUGACAACAACUUCUGACCCCCAAAGGGGAAGAUGUCGAAGGGCGCCUCCUCCCCGUUGGAGCCGAAAUGAACAUUUUGCACACACCCCAAACGUGCCAAAACUGAAGUCUGAAGUUUGAAUUCUCAAUAUUCAAUACUGAGAAAUCUCCGUGUUCAACAUGUUCUCCUUCUUCCCUCAAAACCUCUACUAUCAAAGAGCAUCGGAGAUUGCUGCAAAACAAUUUCGUUUGGCAGAAUAGAGAUGUUUGAACUUCUCACAUUCUCAAGCAAACCCUCAAAUUCAGCUCCGUCUCCUAAACUCUUCUAUAUUCUCUACGCAACCUGGAUCCUUUCCCUCCCCUAUUCUUAACUUAUCAGUGGCAGGGGUCACUAUAAAUUGUUCAUGUAUUGCUAUGCAAUAGGAUAACAUGCCGUGGUUGUAUUCCCUCAACUUAAUUCCCCCCCACUUUGUUAAUGACCUCGUUAAUGACUUGCCCUCCUAAUGUAUCAGUGGCGGUGUCUGCUAUGAAUUGAUUUGAUUUAUUGCUAUGUAAUAGAGCAAAGUCCUGUGUUUCACUUCCACCUGCUAUUUUGCAGCCCCCACCCCACCCCCACCCCCCAAUUUCCCAUUUGUCAGUUGUCCCUUUGCUGAUCCCCUCCAGCUUAAUUAAUUUAUCAGUGGCAGUGAUCACUAUAAAUGUUUAUUGCUAUGCGAUAUAAUGAAAACCUACCUACCUUACCUCAUAAAUAAUAACUGAAACCUUGUUAGUUUAUCAGUGGCAGAGAUCACUAUAAAUUAUUUCUUAUUA